UUGAGAAAUGCUUUAUGCAUCCGUAAUUCUGUGAACCCUAACCGGGGAUCCACUUUCACUCAAUUUCUCAUUUCCACUUUCUAAAACCGCAGGCGCCAUCGAUUCGAUUUCGUUUCGUCUCUCACCGGCGUCGUCCGUCUUUGUUUUAUUUUCCUGCUCCGGCGUCUUCUUAUUCAUUUGCUCUACCGGAGGCUCUAGGUAGAAAUAUUAUUAGAAUGAGGCGAAGGCCGGGAAUUGGAGGUUUGCAGAAUGCCGCUGCUGCUAGGGAUCAAUAUCGAAGACUGGGAGAGAAUGUGGCUAAAUUGAGAACUGAUCUCAUGAAAGAACAGCUCACUACUUUUCGUUCCCAGCUUGAAGACUUUGCUCGGAAACAUAAGAAUGACAUUCGCAAGAACCCAGCAUUCAGAGCACAAUUUCAUGAGAUGUGUGCCAAAGUUGGAGUAGAUCCUCUGGCCUCAAAUAAGGGCUUCUGGGCUGAGUUGUUAGGGAUUGGUGACUUCUACUAUGAACUUGGAGUGCAAAUUGUUGAGAUUUGCUUAGCAACUAGACCACACAAUGGGGGGUUGAUUAGCUUGGAAGAAUUGUGUAAAUUGCUUGGACAAAGAAGGAAGGGGGCUCGUGAGGCUGUCUCUCAGGAUGAUUGUUUACGUGCUAUCAGUAAGCUCAAGGUGCUUGGUAAUGGCUUUGAGGUGAUUUCUCUAGGGAAAAAGAAGCUCAUUAGAUCUGUUCCUACUGAAUUGAACAAAGACCACAAUGAAAUUUUAGAGCUGGCACAGGGUCAAGGAUUUGUGACUGUUGAUGAAGUUGAGAGACGGCUCUCUUGGUCGACUGGUCGAGCAACGGAUGCUCUUGAAACUUUGUUAGAAGAGGGUCUUGCCAUGAUUGAUGAUGGUCACAGGGAUGGUAGACGCCGGUAUUGGUUCCCCUGCGUAUCUUCUGUCUCUUCCUACUCAGGAACAGAUUCUGUUUGAGGUUUUUUGGGUCUUGAGUUUUAUCUUAUCAUUCAUAAACAUGUAAUUUCUUAAGUCUUAAGAUCAAUGAUCCAGGAAUAUAUCUGCUUCAGGGUUUUGAUUUAACUACAA